AUGUGUGAAUGCCAUCAUCUCUCGAGUCUCGACCUCAAACUCCAGAUGGUUUUAUCAUGCAGAAAGGAAAAAGUUACGUUAUUAAAUCCCUGGACAAAUGAUCUGAGUUUCAGAUCAUGUUGCUACUUUCAGUUUGCAGGGAAAUUUGAUGUGGUAGUAAACUGCACUGGACUUGGUUCGCGUGAGUUGUGCAAAGAUGACAAGAUUGAGCCAGCAAGAGGGCAUAUUUUGAGGGUAAGAUAUUCGUGGUACAGCUUGUCAUUGCUUGCCACCUCUGUGACCAGGGUAAUUGUCUGAUCAUAGGGUCGUCCCACACGCAUGUGACAAGAGUACUCCCAGUUUGACUUCACCAAACACCUCAGGUUUUCUCUGCAUUGGAGGACCUCAACUCCUCAAGUGAGUACAAUUUAAAACUGAUAGAGCUAUCCGCUAAAAAUAAAGUUAGUUUAGCUUAUAUUUCUUCCUGUAGUAGUACUGGAUCAAUCGGGAAUGGCCCUUAAAGCUAGUUUCCACUCAGGAAAGUUAUCCGUGGGCGUGGAUUGGAACGGACAAAAAUAAAAUUUUUUCUUUGUGUUAAAGUCAUUAGUUCCAAAGUGGUUCCAACCCAGAGCUCACAAGACAAAGAAAAAAUUUCUUGUCCGUUCAAAUCCACGGCUAAUUUUCCUGAGCGGAAACUAGCCUUUUUACAGAACUGAUAAAGCUAUCCACAAUUGUGAAAACAUUAAUAAUUAAUGACGAAAACACAAGAGAAAUCAUGAGCGUGAAGGAGUUUGUAUAUCUGAUAGAAAAUCAUGCUGAUUUGCAUGAACUUUAAGUUCAAUUUUCUCACCAAAUAUCAUUCAUUAAUUUAAAUUGUUGAAGAAUGUUCUCAUCAAGGCGUAUCAGGACAUUAGCCAUUUACAUGUAUACAGCCUCCUGUACUGUAGUGACACUGGGACCAAUCAGGAAUCCUUCACCUAGACUAGAGACUAGAGUUGAUAUAAGGAUCUCCAACAUCAUGAUAAAUAUUUGAUUUCCUUUUAGAUGCAUGCACCUUAUAUUAAAAAUUCGUGCAAAAUAUUGAGAAAAAAAGAAGUAGAAGCGGGAUAUACACAUAUAUUUACCCCAGGUAAUAAAUGUCAUAUUUUAUUUUAUCUAGAUGCGCGCGCCUUGGGUGAAUCACUUCUACUAUAUUAAGAGAAGAAAGGAGUUAGAAGCCGAGAAAGCGACGUAUAUUUUUCCUAG